AUGGCAAAGCUCAAGGGAGGAGCACCUUCGGGGGGCGGCCGGACAAUGAGCUCCAUGCGCUUGAUGCAGAUGGCACUGGCCACUACUAUUCUCUUGUCCUUGACCUACAUGUUUCAAUUCGCGUCUGUGAGCGUCUCUUUUCGCUCAAUAAAAGACUUAGAGAAUUCAAAGCAUGAUGGACUACUGCGUAACCACGUGCUCGGCCACUCUGUGCUGUAUCUACAGGGCUUUGAAGCAGGGUCUAAAUUCGUGAGUGAGUAUGACGUGGAGGCACAUGGGCCGCUGUAUAUCCUCUUUAUGAGUGAUGCAAACGAGAAUGGCAGGUACUGGUGCCCGGACUGUGAGCGAGCCAAGAAGCCCGUGAUGGACACCUUUUUGCGUGCCCCACGAGGCUCUCGACUCGUUGAGAUCCGUGUGGGCCCGCACUCUUAUUGGAAAGAUGAGAUGAAUGAGUUUCGACAGAAUGGGCUCUUUUACUUGGACUUUAUCCCCACACUCAUGCGGUACGAAGGAGGUGGCAAUUCAUCCACGAUGCUCACUGAGUCUUUCUGCACAGACACGGCGUUGCUCGACUAUGCCUUUAAAGUGAAGAAACCGUUGGCUGGAGAGCCGAACAAGAACAAGGUGCUGACCAUGCACUCGCCGAGAGAGGUGAUUGAUUACCUAGGAACCUAUGACAAUAGUUACCCGCUUUUCCUAUUCUUUGUCUCUGGAUACCACGAAUUCAAUGGAAGAAUGUGGUGCCCGUACUGCGACCGUGCAGAUGUGGUGGUGAUGCAUUACUACAACUACACGGCGCCAGACAAUGCCAUCAUGGUACGGGUGACGGUCGCUAACACGUACAAGGAGUGGAAGAAGCCAAUGAACCCGUUCAAGCUGCGCGAGUUCCAGGACGUGGUGCCUAUGCGAGGUGUGCCGUUUAUCGGCUAUGUCAGGAAGGACGUUCUUGCUAACAAGAUUGACGUGCACCAGUUCACGCUAGACUACUCGGAGACCGAAGAGCUGCAGACAUUUUUCAAAAACAAGUCUCGGACAGCACAACUUAAUUAG